CCGCCUCCGCCUCCUCCUCCGAGGCGGCGUCCGGAGCUUCCUCCCCUCCGCCAACCCUCUGCCCUCCCCCACAGCCGGCCGCAGCCAUGCCCUCUCCGAGCAGCGGCCGCAAGUCGCCGAGCCACUCUGUCUUACAAUCAAAGAAGUCUAUUAGCUUUACUGAAAAAGCAAAAGAAAAUCUGAAGAAAGGAUAUGCUGCUGCAAAUCAAAGUAGAAUGGGUGUAUCAAGAAACUUAGUUAUUCUACCUGAGAUGAAAAUGACAGAAAAAGUGAAUGUUUCCAGCACUAAGAUAGUACAGGUGCUGGAUAAAAAUGGGGUUGAUGUUACUCCCAGACCUCUUUACAAUCCAGAUCCACAUACAGCAAAGCCAACUAAACUACUGUCAUCCCAAGAAGGCUCACUUGGGUCAGAUAUUAUCGCCUCCUAUAGCAUGUAUCAGAACACAAUGAAUCCCAGUAUGAUGGGGCAGUUUACAAGGUCAGCUUUAGGAAGCACUACAGUUUCCAAGUCAAGCGCAUCAACGACUGAGUCACUGGCAGAAGACUUAGAAGAACCUCCCUAUAAACGUGAACAACUGGCUAGUUUUACAGAUCUGCGAGUUAUGAGAGCAGCCCCUGAAACAAUCAUAACCAAAGAAGACCUAGAGAAAAAUAUAGAGAUACUACUCACAGAGACAGACACACUGAGAUUUUUCGACCUGCCUACAGUCAUGAUCUCGGUAGAAUCUGAAGAAGCGGAGAAAGUCACCCAGAGAAAUAAUAAAUAUGAGACUCUUUGUAAAAAUAGAUUAGGCAAUGACUUAUAUGUUGAACGGAUGAUGCAGACUUUCAAUGGAGCACCGAAAAAUAAAGAUGUGCAGUGUGAUAAAAUUAUAAUGGAAGACCAAGGCAUCAUGGCCACUACCUGGGAUCUGUAUGAUUCUUACAAUGCUCUAGAAGUCUCCUCCUUAGCAGUAAAGCGAUCUGCAAUGGAAUCAAGUAGCAAAGCGAGUUUCCUUCCCAAGGAGCGGGACCAAAGACUGCCAGGGAGUGCCACAGACAAAACUAGUGAAACGAGUUCUCUAAUGGAUUUAGAAAAUGUAAUUCUGGCUAAAGUCCAUGAAGAAGAAGAAGACCACGCAGAGGCGAUAUUGAAAUCCAACAAGUUUCUUCAGGACUUAUUCUUCAUGGAACGGGUGCUGAUGGAAAACAUAUUCCAGCCGAAGCUUGCAGCUUAUCGUCAGCUUCCUGUGUUAACAGAGCCCGAGCCUGGAGAGGCUACAGACCUUCUAGAAGGUGAAAAGGUUGAAGAAGUGGAAGAAGAAGUUAAGAAGGAGGAGGAGGAAGAAAUAGAAAUAAAUACAGAGCAAUCGACGAUACCAGCCAAUCUGGAACGGCUGUGGUCCUUCUCCUGUGACCUAACCAAAGGUCUCAAUGUGAGCAGCCUUGCCUGGAAUACAACAAAUCCAGACCUUUUGGCUGUUGGGUAUGGACACUUUGGAUUUAAGGAGCAAAAAAGAGGAUUGGCUUGCUGCUGGUCAAUAAAGAAUCCUAUGAAUUAUGUUUUUAUUCAGUGGCCAGAACGUGUUUAUCCAAGUCUAUAUGGAGUUACCACUGUGGAUUUCUCAAUUGGAACGCCUAACUUGUUAGCAGUCGGCUACUACAACGGCACCAUCGCGAUUUAUAACGUCCAGAGCAGUAGUACUGUUCCAGUUCUAGAUAGCAGUGAAUCGCCUCAAAAACAUGUGGGACCUGUGUGGCAACUGCAGUGGAUAGAACAAGAUCGAGGAACAACGGGCGAUGAUAAAAGAGAAUUCCUAGUUUCUAUCUCAGCAGAUGGAAGAAUCUCCAAAUGGGUUAUACGGAAAGGCCUGGACUCCCAUGAUUUGAUGCGAUUAAAACGAACUACUGUCAGCAGCAACAGAAAAGGGGGGGACAAGGAGAAGAAAGGGGAAGCAUUGAUAUCUCGGCAGGCUCCCGGAAUGUGCUUUGCUUUUCACCCCAAGGACACAAAUAUCUAUUUGGCUGGCACUGAGGAAGGUCAUAUUCACAAAUGUUCUUGUUCAUAUAAUGAACAAUACUUAGAAACCUAUAGAGGACAUAAGGUUAGUUUAAUUAUGGGCCCUGUGUAUAGAGUGACCUGGAACCCUUUUUGUCCUGACAUAUUCUUAAGCUGCUCAGCAGACUGGGGGGUCAUGAUAUGGCAACAGGAGAACCUCCAGCCCUUCCUGAGCUUCUACACAACGACUCAUGUUGUUUAUGAUGUUGCCUGGUCUCCAAAAUCAUCCUAUAUAUUUGCGGCUGCAAACGAGAGCAGAGUGGAGAUUUGGGACCUUCACGCCAGCACUUUGGACCCUCUGAUUGUAAACGUGGCCAACCCUGGGAUCAAGUUCACCACUGUCCUCUUUGCCAAGCACACCGACUGCCUUCUGGUGGGAGACAGUGAUGGCCAAGUGGCUGUGUAUGAGCUGAGAAAUAUGCCCCCUGCUUCAGACUCCGGCCGGGGAGAUAUCAUAAAUACUUUGCUUGGGUGCAAGUCAAACCAACCAGGAUAACUCAUCAUUCUUAAUAUCUUUUUUGUUGUUAUUUAAAGAAAAAGAAAGAGUGUCUAAUGUUCAAUACACUGUAUUAUAUGUUGUA